AUGAACAUGACAACCACCUGUUCCGACUUGAUCGACUUCGUCAACCACAUGGCCGCUUUGGAACCCCCCGAGUUGCAGGCCAUCUUGGACACAUGGACUCUGACUCCCGGCCAGACGGAGCUACUGCGUCGAAUCGCGGACCACUUUCUCGUACCACAGUCCUCUCCUCGAUUAGCACCUUCUCCCCGACCCGCAUCAGCAUCCAACAAUCCCUGGAAGGCUUUCCAUCGCUGCGACCGUCUUGUACUCCAUCAAGUGUACCUGCAUCUCCUCAAGUCAGGUCCCCAGCACUUUGUCACUUCUUAUUGCGAUACUACCGUUCACGACGGCUGCAUGUCAGCUACCAAAAGCGCCCAGCAACAGAGUACCCAACGUUUGCGUGAGCUCUUCAUCGCUCUGGCCCUGUACGACUUUGUCAGGAAUCAGUUUUCUCGCUUCUCUGGCAACAGGUUGUCAGAUCGUAUGAAGGAUCAGGUCAAGUCGCUUCUGCCUCAGUGCGACGUGAUCGAACAGUACCGGAUGGGCAAAAAUCUUAACUUCCUCUGUAGACGCUUUGGCAUGGGUUGUGUCUUGUACCUUGCCGAUUACUUGUCUAAAGACUUCCUGUGCAACAAGUUUACCGCUAGUGGAGAAUACCACAAUCGUGCCUUUGGCCACCUCGACGCGCUGGGCCUGGUGCAGCUGGCCGAGGAUAACGGUGCUAACAAAUUUGCCAGUGAGGCUAGAGUUCUCUCAUUGGCUUACCUGAAAACGAGGACGAGCCAGUCUUGA